AUGACAGCCAAGAAGAUGCGGUGGUGCACAGUGUCAGAUCCUGAACAGAGGAAGUGUGCAGAACUCGCUAAAGCUCUGGUGGCGGUGCUGCCUCCAGCUGCUGUGACAGCUUUUGCCCGACUCUCAUGCAUACGAGCGUCCAGCACAACUGACUGUAUUGAUAGGAUCAGGGGAAACCGUGCUGAUAUAGUGACAUUAGAUGCAGGAGAAGUUUAUUCUGCUGUGAAGCAGUUCGGCCUCGUUGCCAUCGCCAAGGAGAUAUACAGUGACGGAGGCUGUAUUCUAUCUGUGGCUGUGGUGAGGAACAGCAACUUGGACAUACGAUCCUUGCAGGGUACCAGGAGUUGUCACAGUGGGGUUCGAUGGACAGCUGGAUGGAGUCUUCCUCUCGGCUUCCUCCUGUCCAGAAACUACCUGAGCUGGUCAAAGGAGCAGCCGCUCAGUCAGGACGUCAGUACCUUUUUCAGUGCCAGCUGUAUUCCUGGAGCUGCAGCCAUGGCAGCUCCUCUGUGUGCUCUGUGCCAAGGCCAAAAGUCUUACAUUCGCCAGAAGAAUUACCACUGUGAAACAUCCCACAGUGAGCCCUUCUACAACAGCCAGGGAGCCCUCAGAUGUCUCAGGAGCAGAGCAGGGGAUGUUGCAUUUGUGGACCAUUUAGCCCUUAAAAGUAUUGAAGAGAGUGAGAGUGAUGAGUUCAGGUUACUGUGUACCGAUGGUACACAGGCUCCUCUCAGCCACUACAGAAACUGUAACCUGGGACGGGGUCCAGGAGGGGGCAUGGUCACCAGAUUCAACUUUCGCAAGGUUGCUCGCAAAUUUUUAAUGACUGUGCAGAUGCUGUUUGGCCAACGAGGAAGAGAGAGGCAGCGCUUCCAACUCUUCAACUCAUCGAUUUUUGGGGAAAGCGAUCUUCUCUUCAAAGAUGUGACGGAUAAAUUAGCUGUUCUCCCAGAUGACAUGGACGUCAGUCAGGUGCUGGGGCUGGAUUAUGUGGCUCUCCUCAAAGGUCUUGGACACGAAGGAAGCUCACUGGAGGACAGUGUUGUGCGAUGGUGCUGCAUCAGCCACGCAGAGCAGAAGAAAUGUGAACAGUGGGCUCUCAGUAUUAAGUCAGACCCGCUGGUGUGUGUUAGAGCAGUCUCAAUGCGGAACUGUAUUGAGAAAAUCAAGAGGGACGAGGUCGACGCUGUCUCACUGGAUGCAACUCACUCGUUCAUCGCUGGGAAAUGCGGUCUUGUCCCUGUAGUAACUGAAUAUUAUGGAGGAAAAUGUGUGCUUGCUGAAGGAUCAACUCACUUAGAGACAGAUGUGUUGCCCUCAGUGGUGGGUGUAGCAGUUGCAAAGCGCUCCAGCAGAAACAUAUUCAUCGGGAACCUUGGAGGCCGCCGCUCCUGUCAGAGUCACAUGUACAGCCCCGGAGGCUGGCUGCUGCCGUACAGACACACAUUGAGCCUUGAGCAAAACAGCAGCUCUCCUUGCGAUCCAAACCAAGUGUACAACAAGGUGUUUUGGAAAGGCUGUCUUCCUGGCUCUCAGGGGAAUUUGUGUAAAGUGUGUAUGGGAGGAACCGGGGAGGCUGCAACCAAACGCUGUGCUGACAACCACAAUGAGCGUUACUAUGGCAAUAUGGGGGCUUUAAGGUGUCUGGUUGGAGAUCCCAGUGGAAAAAGCUAUGGCGAUGUUGCCUUCCUUGAGCAACACAGCCUUCAGGCCAACAUCCUCAGUUUGGGCUCCACUGGUUGGUCAGAGGGGUGGACGUCAUCAGACUUUGAGCUGCUGUGUGGUGAUGGUCGCCGAGCCCCGUUGUCAGAGUGGGAGAGCUGUAACCUCGGAGUCAUCCCACCCAACACCAUCAUGACACGGCCAGUGCUCACGGCACGAGUGUACGACUUCCUCAUGAAGUCGCAGGAAACUUUGGCAGCCAACCCAAACGCAGAGUUCAAGCUCUUUGAGUCACAGCAAUAUGGAGAAAGUGAUCUGCUGUUUAAAGAUGCAACACAGUGUUUCGUCCACACAAGCCAUAAGGACCACCGUUCCAUCCUCGGAGAGGAGUUUUACACUCAUGCAGAAACCGUCUUCAACUGCACGCACUCUGAUAUCUUGGAGUUUUGCAGCCAGGAUGUGUGCAGCAUAUUCUAAGAGAGAAGGAAACAACCUUUCAUGUGCUUCUCAAUGGUUAAAACCAUCGUCUGUAUCAUCAUGUUCAGAAAAAAACUCUGCUGGAUGACUGCUUAUGCACAUCAGGGGUUGGGGUUUCAUGCAAAUUGAAGUGGAGGACCUUUCAGCAACUGCAAAAAAAUUUUGUCAGUCAUUACCUUUGCUUUCACUUUUGCAACUUUCAGAUGCCAUCAUAAAUGAGUGAUGUGUUAUGCAUAAUCUUUGUGUCUUUCAAUUACACAAAAUGCUUUGCUGUAGCAAAUGUUUUCAAGCCUGAAAACAAAUUCCUGACAUUAUCUCAGCAACGUCUCACACUAAGAAUCUGUGGUGACACCCAGCGCUGCACUAAUUGUCUUACCGCACAAAAAUUACUACACUUGUAAAAAUAUGGAUGUAAAAUCAUUGUGUGUAGAAUAUGGAAAUAUAUCCAUGUGUAAGUUUAUCUAGGUUUCACUUAAAUUCUGUUUACAUUGGCCAAUCAAAAACGUCAAAAUGAACGUGAGAAUACAAAUUGUAAGGGAUACAGUACAUUUAAAGAAGUCAUCAGACCUUCCCUUUUUUCAUAUUUUGUUAUGUUGCAGCCUUAUGCUAAAACAAAAAAAAUCCCUCAUCAAUCUACACUCAAUACCAAACAAUGACAAAGAAUUUUAGACGUUUUUGCAAAUUUAGUAAAAAGGAAAAGCUGAAAUAUCUCGUUGACAUUAGUAAUCAGAAUCUUUGCUAUGACACUUGAAAUUUAGCUUGGGUGCCUCUCAUUUCUCU